CACCUCUCACCGACGGAGGACGACAACAUGGCGGCCUCCUUGCGUCUGGGUCGUCAAGGGAUUUCUUUUGGCCUUAGAUUAUCUCAUUUUAAGAAAUGUUUAUGGGCCACGCACCCAUGUCAGGAGCAUGUCAGACACUUCUUUCGGUCACCAUGGAUGCUCGGUGUCAGUCCAGUCAAAGUGCAAAUGCCUGCACUCUCCCCCACCAUGGAGGAAGGAAACAUAGUCAAAUGGCUGAAAAAGGAAGGUGAGGCAGUGGCAGCCGGUGAUGCCCUGUGUGAGAUUGAGACGGACAAGGCUGUUGUUACCCUGGAAUCCAAUGACGAUGGUAUCAUGGCAAAGAUAUUGAUGGAGGAGGGAAGUCGCAACGUGCCCCUGGGCACUCUCAUUGCCCUCAUGGUGGACGAAGGGCAAGACUGGAAGCAGGUUGAGAUCCCCCCUCCAGAUGCUGCCGCUCCAUCUGCAGCUCCACCUGCUACAGAUGUAGCCGCUGCCCCAGUUGUGCCCCCUGCUGCUCCCUCUCCAGCUACUCCACCAAAACGAGCCACUUCAGGACCCUUACGUCUAAGUCCGGCAGCAAGACAUAUCCUCGACACUCAUGGUUUAGACCCAAAAUUGGCCACAGCCACUGGACCAAGAGGACUUAUCACCAAGGAAGAUGCAUUGAAUCUCUUGAAAACGUCUCCUGCCCCGAAAGCAACCCCAGCCAUGGCUGCCCCGAGUCCUGUCCCCGCCCCGGCAGCUGUCCCCCCGCCCCCAGGCAGCAGACCCAACAUCCCUCCUCUCUCUGUACCAGGGAAACCAGGAGCACCGGGCACGUUCACAGAGAUCCCAGCCUCAAAUAUCCGCCGCGUGAUUGCUCAAAGACUAACGCAAUCGAAGACCACCAUCCCCCAUGCCUAUGCCUCUGUUGACUGUGACAUGGCGGCCGUCAUGCAUCUUCGCAAAAACUUGGCCAAAGAACAAAUCAAAGUGUCUGUUAAUGAUUUCAUCAUCAAAGCAGCUGCUGUUACACUUAAAGAGAUGCCGGAAGUGAAUGUGACCUGGUCUGGCGAUGGACCCUGCGCUCUUGAUUCAGUCCACAUUUCAAUCGCAGUGGCGACUGACAAAGGCCUCAUUACCCCCAUCAUCAGGGAUGCUGCAAACAAAGGAGUCCAGGAGAUCUCAGCUAAUGUUAAGGCUCUGGCCCAGAAGGCUCGCGAUGGAAAACUUCUACCUGAGGAGUACCAGGGAGGCUCAUUCAGUAUAUCUAACCUGGGGAUGUUCGGUAUCAGUGGCUUCAGCGCAGUGAUCAACCCUCCUCAGGCAUGUAUCCUUGCCGUCGGGACCUCCAGGUCAGAGCUGCGACUGUGCGAGGAUGACCAGACCCUGCGCACCGAGCAGCUGAUGACCGUAACACUGUCCAGUGACGGACGACUAGUGGAUGACGAAUUAGCCUCGCGGUUUCUCGAUAAAUUCCGCAGCAACCUAGAAAAACCGCAACGCAUGGCACUAGCCUGAAAUACAAAGUGAGGUAGCUGUAUGAAAUUGAUUUUUGAGGACAAAGUAAGAAACAUCUGCAUAACGAAGCCUGUGCUCUUAAAAAGUUCAUUUGAGUUCAUGCUUGGAUCAGGGCUUACAAAGUAGGCUUGUACAUGGUAUAAACUUGUAUCUGUGGAUUGCUACUGAUAUAAAAUCGCCAGGCUUUGUGAUGCAGGAGUUAAACUGGGCUUCUGCUAGAGUGGUAGAGGACUCUUGCAGUGGUGCCAAAUAUUAAGACAGAAGUGGCAUACUGUAAUAGGGGUGGUUGUUAUAUCACACCAGUGUUGUGUGUAUAUAUAUGAAGUGGUUAUUUCACUUUAAGUUCUAUUUUUCAGUCCCAUUGCAUCUACUCUGUGUUACUAUUAAUACACAUGCAAAUUGUUCUGUAGAAAAACUAUAUUUAUUACUGAACAUCAGUGGCAACGCAGUUUCCGUUGAGAGUAAACCCAUAUGAACCAUUUCCUGUGUUCGAACAGAGUUCAAGAACCUAAUUAAUUGUUCAAAGUCAAUACAUUUAACUUAUUUAAAAACAGAUCUUGUGACAUCCCUGAAAACUAAUCUUCCAAGUCCAUGUGUAUCCAAAAUAAAUACAAUCAUUUAGGUUAUGAUUUCCUUGGAUGCCAAUAAAACACAUUGUUCAACCUUGAAA